AUGGCGGCCUCCUGGUCGCCCUUGGUUACCCUGCGCUCCGCUGCGCGCAGCCGGCUGACUGGGAGAGUUGUUGGGUGCGGGGCGCGGGUCGUCGCAAUCCCUCCUCCGGCCCCUGGCCCUGGGAAACCCCUUUGGAAAGCCUACACAGUCCAGACAUCCGAGGGUGCGCGCCCAACAGCCGCUUCCGAGGCCCAUUCGAAAGCUUUGGCUGUUUGCCACGGGCCUCUGGAGCACUACAACUUUCUGAUCAAAACCCAGGAGCUGAGGGAGGAUGAACAUCAACGAAGAGUUGUUCAGUGUUUGCAGAAGUUACAGGAGGACCUUAAAGGCUACAGCAUAGAGGAAGGAGGGUUCUUUUCAAAGCUUUUUUCAAGGAACAAACCUCCAAAGGGCCUGUAUGUUUAUGGAGAUGUUGGUACGGGAAAAACAAUGGUGAUGGACAUGUUUUAUGCGUAUGUGGAGAUGAAGAGAAAAAAGCGAGUCCACUUCCACGGCUUCAUGCUCGAUGUGCACAGAAGGAUACAUCGCCUUAAACAGAGUUUGCCAAAAAGGAAGGUGGGCUUCAUGGCUAAGUCAUACGACCCGAUAGCUCCCAUAGCCGAGGAGAUCAGCCAAGAAACUUCUCUCCUAUGUUUUGAUGAAUUUCAGGUCACUGACAUCGCCGACGCCAUGAUUCUCAAACAGCUUUUUGAAAAUCUGUUCAAAAACGGGGUCGUCGUUGUGGCAACAUCCAACAGACCACCGGAAGAUCUCUAUAAAAACGGACUCCAGAGGGCUAACUUUGUGCCAUUUAUAGCUGUCCUGAAGGAAUAUUGCAAUACGGUCCAGCUGGAUUCUGGGGUAGAUUAUCGGAAAAGGGAACACACCCCUGCAAGAAAACUCUACUACCUCACAAGUGAGGCUGAUGUGGAGGCUGUCGUGGAUAAGUUGUUUGAUGAGCUGGCUCAGAAACAAAAUGAUUUAACUAGCCCAAGGAUUCUGAAAGUGCAAGGCAGAGAGCUGCGGCUGAAUAAAGCCUGUGGAACCGUUGCCGACUGCACAUUUGAAGAGCUGUGUGAGAGACCACUUGGAGCAAGUGACUAUUUGGAAUUAUCAAAGAAUUUUGAUACGGUAAUCAUUCGAAACAUUCCACAGUUUUCACUAAAAAAGAGGAUGCAAACGCAAAGAUUCAUCAUUCUCAUUGAUAACUUCUAUGACUUCAAGGUGCGUCUAAUCUGCUGUGCUGCGGCUCCUAUCUCAAGCUUGUUUCUGUAUGAGCAUCACGACAGUGAGUCAGACCAAAGCAGAGUGCUGAUGGACGAUCUGGGGCUGAGCCAGGACUCAGCGGGGCUCGCCAUGUUUACUGGGGAGGAGGAAAUCUUCGCUUUUCAGCGCACCAUUUCCCGGCUCACAGAGAUGCAGACCGAGAAGUACUGGAUUGAAGGGGACAGAAGCAGGAAGUAACUGUCACUUUCUCAAGAAUUAAAAAGGUGACUGGUUAAGUCUGCGAGACAGUGAGACGUCACCACGUCACUAUGAGACGUCACUGCGUCACUAUGAGACGUCACUGCGUCACUGUGUGACGUGACGGGCCAUUUCCUCCUCAGUUGUGCACUUUGCCCUCUGACUGCCGCGGCUGAGGCAGUGGACGGGCACACUGAAGAAGUCUCUCCUACGUAGAUCUGUGUUUAUUUGGACUUAUUUCUGCAUCAUAAAGUGGAAUCAUCACUUGAAGAUUACUGCAAAGCCUGCCGUGUUGGCACCUGACUGAGUCAUCAAGGUACAAACAGGCGGAGAACGCAGGAUACCUGUGUGUCUCCAGGCUUCGGCUGCACAGUAGUCACACCUCAGAGAUACAUUUGCUGUAAGAAGCAGGCAGAAUCCUACUUUUCAGGUUAAAACAAAGAAAGCUUUCUGAACACUGAAGGGAAAAGUUUUUUGCGUUGACCUCUGAAUGUUGGUUAUGAAUGGCUUUGAGGUUUCCACUGAGCUACAGAGAACCUGUGUCUAGCCCGUUGAUCUAGGUUGGCAGGCAGUACCUGAUCCCAUGAGGACAUGGGUAACAAAACCAUCAUGUAAGGAGCAAGUGGAAAAUUUCAGCUAAUAGGCAGGUCUCCCCUCUGACAGACAGCCAAGGUGGGGCAGGUACCAGGAUCAUGACUGACCAGGCCUGGAGGAGCCACAGCCACACCCACAGCAGCGAGGUUCCCACUCUGUUCACCAGGAUCUGAUUACACAACAGAGUCCACUCUCUGGUCCUGAGUUGCAGCGUUGGGCCUCAUAGGAAACUGGAAAGGACACUUGACAAAUCUUCUCUAAAUAAAAGCUGAUUUCUCCUUCA